CGAAGGGGUUGGUCGGGAGGUGAGAGUGCUCUUCCUUUUGAGAAGAUAUAUACUGUUAUCUCCAACUGUCGCCUGCUGCGAGUUGUUUGCCUUGCAUUAAUCGUCGGCUUAAGUGGCAAGCUGUGACAAUGGGUGACGCAAAAACAGAACAUAUUGUGAUGACACCGAAAUGCAAAACCGCAAACUCGACGACACUCAUAAUAGAGAGACAAGCGUUAGAUCCUCCUGCCAAGAAUGGAAAUGAGAACAACGUCCAUGUGGCUGGUGGUGACCAUAAGGGGAUAGUCAUUAAUAAGCAGACGGUUGCUGUGUCGAAUGGCGUUUCACAUCCAGCCAAUGUCUGCCUGGUGUUUAGAGUCUUUUUGGUGAGCGGCCAAACGGGCAAACAUACCCAAGAGUCAAGAACGCUGCAGUUUUGGUUUACGGAUAAGCUCCCGGAGAGCGAAUAUCCGAGCGUGGCACAAGAAUUUUUUCGGGAGCUGGUUAGCCCGCAGGAAUUUCCAAGAGAUUAUGUCGGUUUUAUCAAGAAGAUAAUGAAAUUAAUGCAGCACAAAUACCCCUCCGUUCAAAAACUGGAAGUGGAGCUGAAGCAACUCGAGGAGCCCGUUAGUCUUCCAGCUAGGCCCUUGUCCACAGAUGAAACGGCGCUGGGACGAGUGGUCGAGCUUACUUUGGAAAAGGUUUUGGAACUCAUCGAGUCUGCUUACCCAAAUCCUGUCACCAUCGUUGACAUUGCCAAGGAACAUGGCUGGGAUACCGCAGAAGUCGAGGCAAAGCUGCAAGAAUUGCAGAAGAAAGGUAUCGUUAAGGCUAUGGAACACGGGGCCUAUACAAGGGUCGUGAGUCAGGAUUUAAGUGUCCAGGUGGUCAAGCAGAUACCUACGAUGGUAAGCUCGAAGCAACCUACCAUCGCUAUCAUCACUGCGCAGUAUUGCGAGAAACUCGCUGUGGAUUCUUUGAUCGAGAACAAGGAGACAUUCGUUCGCUACACAACUGUUGGUACAGCGACUUCUCCGGACAGCACCGAUGGAGUGCCCCGAGUGGUUUGCCGUUUCGGGGAGUCCAACGUGUACACUCUGGGAAACAUUGGCGCCCAUCGAAUCGUUUGUACAAAAUUACCCACUGUCGGACAUACCAGAGAAGCGAUGACUGCUGCUGGUAACACAACGACAAGAUUAUUAGGUACCUUCCAGAAGGUAGAUUACGUUUUCCUGGUUGGAGUCGGUGGAGGUGUACCACACUACACCGAUUACAACAAACAUGUGAGGUUAGGAGACGUGGUGGUUUCGCACCCCACUCCGUACAGUAAAAAGUACAUCUACAUCUACUGCGAGCAGGCCAAGCUUCACGAGAGCGGAAGUUAUCACUUCGAGACCAAAGAAUACUGCCCAUCCAAUUUGGGGCUGCAGGAGAUUGCAGCGAAUUUGAAAUCCCAGGCAGAAAAUGGCACGAGUCCACCGUGGAUGACUUACAUGAAGGAAGGCUCCGACAUCCUACGCUCUCAAUCUGAGCAUGACUUUGAUUCACCCCCUCUGGAGUCUGACAAGCUGUACAUGGCCAUCGGAGAACGAGAUGUAAUCGAAGUGGCCCAUCCCGCCGCCCCUCAAGACUCGACCAAUAAAAGAUUGGAUGGCUGCCCACGUAUCCACUUGGCACCGGUGGCUUCCGGUAGGCAAGUUUCUCGAGACGACCAGCUGAGGCAGAAAUUCGCAACGCGGUUCGGCACCCUUGCUUUCGAUGCCGAGAUGGACGCCGUCGUGGAGAGCAUCCUGGGGAACUGUCGCGACAGUUUCGCGGUCGUUCGAGGGAUAGCGGAUUACAAGGACGGCUCAAGAAUCAAGGAAUGGCAGCCCUACGCCUCCCUGGCAGCGGCCAGUGUCGUGAAGGCUAUUAUCUGCGCCAUGGAUCCACCCACUAACGUUUAAGUAGCUAGACAACGGGAACGGCACGUCGUUCCGCGGUUUCUCCGCAUUUACGGAAGUGCCAUUGAAUGUUCUAACCGACGUGAGCAAGUCCUCGUUUAAGGUUAUGUGAAAGUGGCGUCGAAGGGUUCUCAUUCUUGAAACUUUUCUCCAAACUGGACGUAUAGAAUUGAUUCAGGCUUUACAAUGUAAAUAUGGUGGAGUACAAGGAAGGUCCUGAAACUCUCUAAAUUUCAUUUUUUCUUUAAUCUGUUUAUAAGUAUUUUAAAGAUUUUUCUUUAUGAAAAAUCAAGUUUCGUGGGUAUCAGAAUCUUUAUAGCCUCUGCGUUCACAAUGUAAAGAUUAAAAUGAUUCGGUGUAUCCAGUUCGCAGAAAAGUUUCAUGAAUGAUUGACUUUUUACAUGUCAAUUUAACCUUUAAGGAGGGCGCGGAAACUGCCCAACGAUUGCAAGUUAUGUAGCAGUAGAAAACUCACGACUGGAUCGUCCCGAUGAGAGUUCUAUUCGUAUUUCGUGAUUCUAACGACUAUAUGGUUACGUCGAUAUCAAAAUGUAGGAGAAAUAUUAUUGAAAUUCUAUAGUGAUAAGGGGCAGAGAGGGCACUACUAUAUUAUAGACCAGUUACAGGGAAGGAAGCACUCUUCUAAAGGGUGUUGGCAGCAUAGCAAACGGAUGGUAUACUAGGCAGUAUUUGUCGAUUGCAAUCAAAGUGUUAAAUUUAAUAGUAUAUAUCGAGUAUACAUGUCUAUCAGAGUUGAUAAGUCUCAAGCAAGUUUACAUUGCGAUUUCUGUCGGCGCGGUCAAGAAGACCCGCGUUCUGUCGUACCAAUGAGAGAGCCUUACGUCGGAUGGCUAGCGGGAGAUAUUUCUCACGAAGGGACCUUAAUCGUUGAAAUGUUCAGAUCGUGCAACUCUGCAAGCACGAAUCGACAUUAAUGUGAUAAUUCCUCGAAGCAAUUCAAAUGUUUUAGCCUUUAAAAUGUGAAAAAUGUGAAAAGUGUGGUUUCUUUUGAGGUUAGGUGCGUGAAAAUUAUUCGUUCUUUUUUGUUGUUCUCGCAGAAUCUCAGGAUCUGAACUCUUCAAGGGAGCUCCCUGCUAGCGGUGUUGAAAUCGAAACUAUCGAGAUACGUGCCAAUGUGUUCAAAGAAUGUGAAAAAUCACUGCCCUCCGUUGAAUAUCGGGUAGCAGGAUUCCUUUCGUCAUUUGCACAGAGUCCAAACGAGAUCGGUCUUUGGAGACGUUUUAAUUUUUUUUCUUCGUAAAGUUUACCUCACGGUUUUCAUAUUCUGACACACAGGGUAGAGAGAGAGCCAGGGGUCAAAGAGAGAUGUCUUAAUCAAGUUGGAUGUCGCGAUAGAUAGUAUAUGCACAAGUGCAGAUCGCAUAAUUUUUAAGUAGCAGAGCGUAAUAUAUGGAUAUAUUGUCGGAAGCAGUCGUAGACGUUUGUGUCCGUCGGACAUAACAAAUGUAUCCCAUCAAAGGAUAUUUAAUUUGGACUUCCUUCGACCAGCUUCCAGUCGAUGGCAAAUGUGAGACAUUUUACAAGGAACGAUUGAUUAUUUUGGAAAUUGCUUGCAGGUGUUAGGGACGGAAGGGCUCGUUAAUUAUUUCCUUUCUUUUUUUUUUAUUUUAAUCUUGUCUCGAAAGGUUGGUUCCUUAAUCCUCUUUCCUUUACCGAGUCAAUUGUUCUGGAAACGCAAAGCUUCCACUGACGUUACCGCUGCUUCCAGCACAACUAUAUAUAGAGAUACAGAUUUAUUGUAACUUAUUUAUUUAUUUAUUUAUUAACACUUAAUAUAAGCGUUGAUUCCUUUCCGUGUCGCCAGCAAACGAGAUGGUUUUAUUUAGAACUUUGUAGGUAUAGAAGCUAAACCUUCCGAUAUCUACAAUCUUGAAAAAGAGACUGGGAUCGAUAUAGUUUUUCUUUUUCUCUUUGGCAAAAAAAAAAGAUAAUGUCUUUCGAAUUUCGCGAUUAAAGUGUGUCCAAUGUCGAGAGAACUUGCAGGCAUGACAAAAGGUGAGAAUCACUCGUUGUCUAGAUGCACAAUUAUUAAUAAUUCCGAAAAUCUAUAGAGUGACUAUUAUAUACACAUAAAUGCUAUAUCUAUAUACACUGUACACGAGCGUAAGACAUACUAUUGCGCAUAGUAUUACACGUGGAAUUUUAAAUUCGAUUUACCUGACAACAGAUUCCUAUAUGUAAGGCCUAAAAGUAAUAAUGUACACGUCGGAGGACCAUCCAAGAUGCUCUUUCGUUUUUAUUUAGUUGUACCGUAAUAGUGCUUUUUGACGCUAGUCGUUUCAUAGUGUUUCCUAAAUGAUUGUGAUUAGAUUCAGGGAUUCCCGGUUUGAGGUCAAGCCAUCCGAGGAGAAUUCAAUCUACGGCGACUUCCUUCUCGAUUUCCACCGUGCUUCGCGUUUAAUUUCUCCACAAGACGUUUAUUUACCGCGAGGUAUCUCAAAGCGAGACGUUGAAAGUAAACAAAGGACCUUCUACUCCAAUUUAAGACAGAGUUUAUAAUAUAUAAUAAUAUUGAUAAUAAUUUAUUAAUUGUAAUUCCGCACUGUUAGCGCAGCGUUAAGACCCUCGUAGAAUCGGACGCCGACUUUAGACCGUACGAAUGUUUAUUUAUUCAAAGCUUGUUCGUCCCGGCGCGGAAAAUAGUUUAAGCCCGGAUUGACCGCGCGAUACCAAAUCUUAUCGUUAUCGAGAGAUGCUUUUGUUGCUUAAUGCUUUAAACCUGAAGCGGAACCUGUGAUAACGCCACGGCUCAUUUAUGUAGAAUUAGGCCUCCUAUCUAAUUAGUCUAGCAAAAUGAGCUCCAAAGUGGUCCGAGGUGGUCCAAUGUCUCAACCGCGGUAUCGCGAUUUCGGAGUAAAAUCCUCGACAUUACCGAUGAGUCCUGCAACACUCGACUAACAGUGUAAUUCCCCUUUACUCGAUUCUGUAAUUUGCAUUUAUUGUAUCUGCGUUUGUACUUUCUUUUCUCAUAAAGAGAAUUGUGAACUGGCA